AUGAUGGAGCCUGCAUCCUCUUAUUUUUCUGGAUACUGUAUGUGCUUUCUUCUCUUACAAGUGAUGACAUAAACUUCAGAGAAGUUGAUGGUGACUGUUCCCAAGGGGCAUUUGGUGGCUAGAGUAGGAGGACAGGCUGCCCUCAGCUGCCAGUUGUCCCCACCACAAAGUGCAGAGCACAUGGAGGUGCACUGGUUUAGGGGUGACAAUUCCCAGCUUGUUUACCUGUACAGAGGCGGUCAUGAAGUAAAUGGAGAAGCUGCCCCUGAAUAUGUAAAUCGUACAGAGUUUGUGAAAGAGGCCAUGGGGGAGGGUAAAGUGACCCUCAAAAUUCAUAAUGUCAGCAUUUCUGAUGAUGGACCAUACAGGUGUUUAUUUAAAGAUACUGACUUCAGUGAUAUGGCCAGCAUGAAUCUUAGCGUGGCAGCACUUGGCUUGGAGACACAGAUUCAUGUCCAGGUUCCCACUAGUGAUGGACUCGUGGUGGAGUGUAACUCAGGAGGGUGGUUUCCACAGCCCCAAAUGGAGUGGAGAGACAGCAGAGGAGAGGUCGUUCCGCAUUCAUCAAAAUCAUACUCCCAGGAUGGAGCCAGAUUGUUCCACAUGAAGAUGACUCUUCUCCUCAGAAACUUUUCAGACUGCAAUAUUACAUGCUAUGUUCACAACCCUGUAAUAGGUGAAGAGAAACAAACAAGUAUUAUCCUAGCAAAUGACCUGUUUGAUAAGGAGCACCUUACAAAGAAGUUUUUAAUUUUAUUUUCGUGUUUAACAAUCGCUUUGGUUUUGACAUACAUUUGCCUUUGGUAUUUCAUAAGAAAAGCUGCUGCCAAUGCUGCUGCUGCUGCCGCUGAGGAAGAUGCCGCUGCUGCAGACUCCAUUGCAGCAGAAGCCUCUGUGGCAGAAGCUGCUGCCACAGCUGCCACUGCCCUAGACUCUGUUGCUGCAGAAGCCCCUGCCGCAGAAGACGCUGCUGCAGAAGAUGCUGCCACAGAGGACACUGCCACAGGGUCCCCCGAGAUCUCUUCUCUGAGCACCGCUUCCUUUACCUCUGAUGCGAAUUCCAACACAACCGCUGUGGUUGCUGCCCCUGAACUGGAAGUCUCAUGUCAAUCUACCACAGCCUGA